CGGGAGAGAGAGAAAACGGGGGAGGGAAGGAGAAAACAGAGAGGGAAGGAAGGAGCAAACAGGGAAGGAAAUAGAGAAUAGGAGGAGAGAGAAUGAAAAUAGAGAAAAGGAGGAAAAGAAAACAGGAGGGGCGAAUAGAGAAAAAGUAGAGGGGUAGGGAGGAAUGGAAGAGAGUGCUGAGAAAAUAGCUGAAGAAUAAAAGGGAGGGUAGAGAAUUAAGAGAAGAAAUUUAAAAACAGAUGAGAGAAAAUAGUCACAGGGAACAUAUGGGGGAGCAAGUAGAGGAUAGGGAGAUGAAUCAGAGUGUGGAAGAGAAAAUAGAGAGUGACAGAGAGUGGGAGGAAAAGUGAUAGGAGAAAGGGAAGGUAGAAAGUGGAGAGACCAAGACAGAAGGGAGUGUGCAGGAGUAGAGGGAGGAACCAAGAGGCCAGGUCCUGUGCCCCAUUCCUUGGAUACCAGUAGCAGUGGCAGAUGUGCCACCUCACUGCCAGUUCAGGGCCCUGAUCCUGAGUAACCGUGAUUCCUUUCAGCACCUUGAUCUUUGUGCACGUUCCAAUCAGAAACUGGAAUGAGCUCAUCGUGAAGUGAUUUUUGGCUCCUGGUUGUUAACUGAGUCAGACAACGCCCUGUACAAUACAUUGAUUACAAGAUGAGUGUUGGACUCUCCUACCUGUGGAUCUGAUUGGAACUUAAAGCAACCAUUUCAACUUCAUCUCCUUCCUUCAGCACCAACCACAAUUGCUAAAUGAGGAAAAGGGCAAAGUUCACUGAGCAAUAAAACUCCCAUCAGUCCAACCACAGCCGAUUCCGACACGAGGUAUUGCUGUGUAAAAUGUGUGCCUAAGCGUCUACAGUAUAAAUUCCUUCCCCCCCCUCGCCCCCCAACUGUCCCAAUCUCGCCCCCCACGCCCACUGAGAAGGCUGGACCAAAGGAGUCAUGCUUUCAGCUCUUGUGGGUGGAGGGGUGAGCAGGGGUCAGCAACUCUCGACGCCCGAGGCUGCCUCCCUUCUGCUGGCCCAGGAGUUGUGCAUCGGACUGCGGAACCGGAGAGUGACCAGGAUGUCGGCCCAGAGUAGGCCCCCUCAUCAGCCACAGGCCUCUCACCAGGCCCACCGGCUGGGGCCCCGAGCCCGGCAGCUACCCGCCUCCCCCUCUCCCUCCUCACCCCCACUCCUCCUCCCGGACCGCAGGGCGACCAGGACGUCCUCCCAGGGCAGGCCCCCUCACCACCUGCCGGAGCAGCACGUUUGUACGCAUACGCUCAAGUCCAGCGGGAGGAUGGUGAGGAAGCUGAACUACCGCAAGGUGGCGAACCGGGGCCUCCUGCAGACAGACGCGGCUGCCACCAAGCGGAAUGCCAGGCCCAGGAGUAAGGAUCCGGCGACAGAAGGGCACCAGGAGGAGCACGAGGAGUGCCCGAUUGUGCUGCUGACCCAGGGUGUUGAAGCGAUGCAGAGGAGGAGAACAGGGACUGUAGGCAAGAGCCAGUCCGUAGCUCGUCGGAGUAAGGCCCGCUCAGUUGGCAAGGCAGGCAGUGACCAGGCCAGCUGUGAAACAGAUCCCAGGACGCGGCUUUCAUCCACUACUGAUAUCGAGCUGAGAGUCAAGUUGCCUGAAGCCCGUAUCCCUUCUGGUGAAGAGGUGGCUGCUUCAGUCAGUCCAAGCGGUGGCGAUGACGUGAGCAGUGGGGCCAGGAAAGAGAGAGCUCUAAUGGACCGGUGUGAGAGGCGGAUCCCUGCUGCUGCUGCUGACGUCCCCCCGUGUGUAACCAAGUGUCGUGAUCUCCUGUGUCAGACUGCGCAGCAGCCGCCCAGCAGUGAUGGGCUGGGGUGGGCACCUGCCAAUCAUACGGGCACUGAAAACGCAGCAAGCAACGACGUGCCUCCCGAAAACACCAGCGCCGAAGGCCCGAGCCACCCCGCCAGGCCAGUGAAGCACACUAAAGUUGAGAAGCUCGACAGAGGUGAGGGUACUAGUGAGGCAUUCAGAGACAAUGCAGUAGCUACCCAUGCAGCGAGCGGCCAGACAUUUCCAGAGACUCUGUUGGUUCAGGGGAUGCCUGUAGAAGGCCUAGUGACAAUUGGGAUGAUUGUUGAGACCAAUCCUGGUGAGGCACCUUCACAUAACGGCACUGUCCUAUUGCCCGUGGGAAGCGAAAUCACCAACAAUGUAUUGGUCUUUCAGGCCUUAGAAGGUGGAAUAACCAGUGAGCAUAUGACCUGCAUAAAUCUAGCAGCUGACCACCCUGAGGGACCUACAGCACACAGCGAGUUGACCGCAGCCAAGUUAAUGGCAUCAAAUGGACCCAUUCAUGGUUUGGUGCCUGGUGCACCAUCUGGGAAUACAGAAAUGGUGCAGACGCAAGCAGAAAGGGAGGUAACCCCAGCCGGGCCUGAUAGAGAGGAACUGACCCACAGACCACUCACUGUGACUCAGCCAACCAGUGAAGGCCAAGCACAGGAAGAGGCAGAUGCGGGAUUUAUGAUUUUUCAGUUUCCGAUUGAGCGCAGAGUGACUGACAGUCACGCAGACGCAACAGCAGAUCCACCGAUGGCUACAGACACUGGCAACUCAGCCCCCUCGCGAGCUACAGCUACUAAAAGCUCUCCUCCCGAGAACGACGUCCCUGCAGAAACGAGUGCGGAGAUGUCCGCGGAACGUGGGUUCCCUGACGGGUUUUCUGUCGAAAAGGCGAUGGCCAGCAUCAUGCUCAGAAUGAACGAGCUGGUCGAUGUGCCGACAGACAUCACUGAGGAUUCCGGAGACGACGAGCUGACCACGGACGAUGAGCUGAGCUCUGACAGCGAGCUGACCACAGAGUAUGAGCUGACCUCUGAGGACGAGCUGCCCACAAGCAGCCAGGUGGUUGAUGAAACACUAACGGAGACCGAGUUGGCUGACAUUCCGGCAGAUACCAGUGCGGCUGCCGUGGAGGUUUGUACAGCAGUGGAACUGGCCAAGGAAAUGGGCGUGGCACCUAGUACCCUACUCCCAGAGAAACCGCUGGUGAAUGAGCCGGCUGAGGAAGCUGAAACCGGUGGAGAUGUGACUUAUGAGCUUCACUUCGAUGGGGAGCUGGUCGACAUACCCACAGACAUUGUCAUUAUUGACCUAACUGGAGAGAAUGAGAAUGAAGGGAUAGCUUUUGAUUUAGGAUUAACCAAGGGAACCCUUGCUGAGAAUGGGUUAGUUGUGAUAUCAUCCGAUAACACGGAGCCGGCAAGAGCAAUGUUUUCCCAAGAUGGGCUCUCUGAGAACAAAUUAGUUACGUUUUCUCAAGAGUCUUUGGCCUCCCUCAAGGAUGAGGGGGUCAGAGAUCUUUCUGCAGAGGGCCGAGUGACUGCUGGAGGGCUCGCAGAGAGCGCUUUGCUGAAGCCACCUCUGGGUACAGCAGAUGUGCAGGUCUCUGCAGGAGAUGAAGUAACGCCAGUAUUGGUCGAUGCUGGGGCAGACCCUCGGGUAACACUCGGAGGAGAUACGAAGGGAGACCAGACACCAAAUGAAACUUCCGUCCUCAACUCCUUCCGAAACACUGAGCCACUGACGCCAAAUGGAGUUGCUGCCUUUGGCAAUAAUGCAAUGAGUAGCAAGGUUAAUAAAUGCCAAAAUAUUGAACUCCGUCACAGUGACUCAGGCUCUGUUCCACUGCCACUUGGACAGACCACCCAUCAUCCGUGCCGAGAUCAGGAGGGAAACUGCAUAGAAAAGAAAAGCAGUCAAUUAAUUACGGACGGUACAGCCACUUUUGGAAAAUUUGGAACGGUUCCAGUGUGUGAGGAAGCAGCCUCACGCUCUGUAAAACUGAAAGCACUGAGAAAGACGAGAAGGAGAGCAGAGUUUGCCAGGUUAAAGGUGAGGGAAUCAAACUGUGCUGUGCUCUUGUCAAAUAGUGCUCAGAGUGUCCCCACACUGGAACCGUUCUGGGAGGAUAGGACAUUGAAAUGGGUGGAUUGUGGCUGCAGCAAAUGUGAGAGUGUUUACGUGGGACACCAGCUCCAACAUACGGAAGGGGUCAGACUGAAGAACCAGCCUGUUCUGCUGAUGGACGAUUCAGGGCAUGGGAAACGGUGCAGAACGCUCAUGCUCCUUGAACACUUGUCUGCCAUCGCCAGCGGUCUGAGUGUGUUCUCCGAAUGUGUGGAAAUGCAGCAGGAGUUCUCUCGAGUGUCUGACGUUAUUGUAGCUCUGGGAAUGUGCAGUAGGUUUCAAUUCCAAAAGGGCAUCGACCGACAGUUUUACUUCAGUGCUGAGCAAGCGCCCCACUUGGAUCCUUUCUGCCACCUCUCAUCCCCAGGUUCGGAGCAGUCUGCCAGUGGGAAGCCUCUUGCUCAGUCCCACCCGCGCUGGCCUUUCCCACCAUCGACACAGUUCCAUUGUCCUGACUUCCCGACUUCGCCUCCUGUUGACCUGGCUUCCUUAUUGUCGUGUUUAACUCGCGGCGGUGAGGCAAGCGAUCACUGCUGCGAAAGGACAGCCUUGCCAAUCGCUCCACAACAUUCCCAGACGGCUCCCCAGUGCCAUGCUGGCUUUGGCAAGACCUGCCGGACACCAGGUCUGCCGUUCCCGACCGGGAGGUGCCCUUGCGCCCGUUCCAGGUUUGGGUUACACACUGUUCUCGCACUUUCGUCGCCGGCCUGCUACAGACUCUGGACGCGGCAGCGUCACUUCGGCAGAGCCCCUGACACCCACCGGCCAUUCUUGACUCAGUUUGGAGAGAGCUUGGGAAAGCUUACUCUCCCAGUUGGUUCUGACAGACCAUUUUGGUGUCUGAACUGCGCCCUUGGCGGUGUGGUGUCGUGGUGGAGUCAGCACUAUCCGGCACCAAGAUUCAGCACCAGCCCUCCCAAUAACUAUGGGAGGAGCACUCCCAGUGACCUGCAGCCCUUGAACUUUGACUGCAUUAAAGAGCCGUACCCCGCUUUACCAGACCCGCCUACCUCAACACCAGGAUGCACUGUUACUGACAGCACCUUUAGGACCUCUGCACCCCUCGUCCCAAGCAUUACUUACGUCGAAACCCAACUUCACUCAGAAGAAAAAGAGGAACACGUACCUUACAACAAGUCUGUCAGCAAAUCGAAGGGAUCUCUGAGGAAGGUCUCCCAGAUCCGAAUCCGGAAAAGUGUUCCCAAACAAGACACUAAUCUUACCCCCAUGGGGCUGCCCAAACCCAAGAGAUUGAAAAAGAAAGAAUUCAGCUUGGAGGAGAUUUACACUAACCAGAAUUAUAAGUCACCAUCUGCACACAGCAAGUAUCUGGAGACUAUUUUUGAAGAGCCUGUUUUGAAGAAAGGCUCCUUCGUCUGCACCAGUCUCCAGAAACGCAAGCGCCUCUUAGAAUUCCAGGACUACACCCUCCCACGCAAGAGACGGGCGCACGCUGGAGUGAGGAUUCUGAGCCGGACACGGGGCAGAAAGGCCUCUACACGUGACGGGGAGAUUGAUUCACUACUUGUUCAAAAACUGACCGAACUAGAGGCCUACCUGGACGAAGAGAACUAAAGCCACUGUAAAAUGUAGCCAACUGUUCUCGACUUGCGCUUGCCCCCACAGUGUCCAGGUCUGUUUACACUACAUGCCGGGAGGUCAGCAGGUUACACUGUGUGUACUGCCUUGUUUUCUGGUCACUGGAGAAGAGAGUAGUGCCAGGCUGGAAAGCUGCUGCAUGUGAAAAUAAAAUGGAGGGGGAGGUGAGGUGGGGUGUGCGGGUCUUUUAAACGGCAACUCCCUGCUGCGGGUGAGCAGUGCCGCGAAACAGGGGUCAUUCAUUGCGCGGAGAGUGCGAUGCAGGGCUGAACCGAAGCGGGAAAGGACACCUCUUUUUGCUCACUCACUCGCUCGCUCGCUUGCUGCCUCACAAGCAAACAAAGCUGUUGCUGCUCCGACUUUGCACACAGUGUGAAUUUGCUGUCACACUGGGGAAAAGAGUGGCUUCACCGGAGUGCAGCGAGCGUCUCUUCAAGUGUUUACAAAGAUUGCAGAUCCUGCAGUGAAUCUCCAGAGGGCUGGGCUGGAUUCACUGCUCAGUGGAGUGUUUUCUGGUUAGGAUCAAUUUGGGUGGUUGCUGUGUUUGCUUAUAUAUAAUAUAGUGUACAUAUAUUAUAUAUGAAUAUAUCUCCAAGCAACAUGAGCCUAAAGUGCUAAAAGUAAAUAUUCCAAAGUAAAUAUUGAAACACAAAUGAUUUUUCUGUCUGCCUGUGUGUUGCCUAAUAAAUGUGUGAGUACAGGUUCCACUGACUCAUUGGGAAGGGGGGGGCAAACGUCCUGCUUCCUCUUCCAGUGAAUAAGGUGUCAGCCUCCGCUUAGCUUUCUUGUUGCCAGAGGAGGUACCUGUAUACACCUUUUGGUCCAAGUUGAUUGUGGUUUUCUUUUUAAAAAAAAAGUUUUUACACUGGGUGGGUGUUUAAUUUGUUGCGGUCAUGUAUUUAUGAUUACUGCGGAUUUCACAAGUUGCUGCUGGGUUUUAGCAAUGGUUUUCAUAUUCGGACGCUGGAUCAUUUUGACAGUAAUUGACAUUUUUUUGCUCCGUUGUAGUAACCAGGUUAGGGAAAAAGACAUUUCUGAAUUAGUUGAUUGGUGCAUCUCCUCUGGAGGUUGGAACAGUGCAGGGUGCUCCAGGAGCAGGAUGGUAGAAAUACCGCACCUUGUCUCUCACAGGAUGCAGAGAUCAUCUCGUGAGGGAUUGAAGAUUGAUCUUCAGUCUCUGUUACAGCUCACACAGCAGCUUUCUCACCUCUGAGCUGCUGGGUUGUUGGCUGAAGGUGCUCCCAUGAGCCCAGAGCACCUAAUCCAGUCCAACACAUCUGUUAGAAUCACUCACUGCUGACGAUGCUGCAUCACCGAUGAGAUGCUGAACUGAGCAGCCCCCUUCCCUCUGGUGUGGAUAGAGGAGACUCCACUGAUGUGAAGAAUAGCUGGGAGCUCUCGCACUGGCCAAUAUUGUUCCCUCAACCCUUAGUUUACCUUGCUGCUGUGCUUCUGUGUUGAGUAACGUUAAUAUUAUCUAACUGUAAAUGUUGACAAUGCUUAAAAAUGCUGGCAAGCUCUGUGGGACAUUCUGAAAGUGUGAAAGGUACUGAAAUAAAUGCAACCCCUUUCCUUCCACAGCUCCCCUGAAUCAGCACACCUUAGUAUGAGGGAACUUCAGCACAGUGCAGCUGUAAGCUCUGGUCUGCACAAAUGGUUUCAGUUGAUGUAAAAGUUAGUGAGAUCAGACUGAUGUCAGUGAACGGGGAGCUGGAGUAGGCUACUCGGCCCCUCCAGCCUGUUCUCCAUUCAGUAAGAUACGGGCCGACCUGUAACCUCGAAUCCACACUCCCAUCUCCUGCUGAUAACCCCUUGUCCCUGGGUUUCACAUGAAUCUAUCCACCCUGACCUUAGAAAUAUUCAAGGAAUCUGUACCCAACACCUUUUCAGGGAGAAAGUUCUAAAGACGCACAGCAUCCAGAGAAAAAGGUUCCUCAUCACAGUUCUGAAUGAUCACCCUCCCCAACCCCCGAAUCUUAACCAGUGACCCUGGUUUCUGGAUUCUCCCAGAAGAGGACAAUCCUCGCCAUUUCCAGUCUGUCAAGAUCUUUCAUCAUAUUGCAUGUUUCAAUCAAGCCAUCUCUUAGAAUUCGACAGUACGGGAGGAGGCCUUUCCGCCCAUUGUGUCUAUACUGGAUCCUGAAAGACCUCAGCUAGUCCCAUUGUGCAGCCUAUCGCUGUAGCCUGUUGCUGUUCUCAACUCGAAUGAAUAGAAGCCCACUCAGUCCUCGGUUUUGUUCUGUGAACCGCCUACCCCACCCCAUUCCACGUAUUACCCUGAUAAACAUUCUCCGAAUUCCACCCAACCUGUUUACAACUUUCCUUCAGUCAGAGGACCAAUACUGCACACAGUACUUCACAGCCAGCUUCCCCAGUGCCCUGUAUGGCUGAAACAAAAUAUCAUUUUUUAUUCACUUCUACUAACAUCAAAUAAUACUGUUCUAUUAGACAGAGUUAUAGUGUUCCUUAAUUGCUUGCUGUAGCUGCGUAUUCACUUUUCGCAACUCAUGCACCUAGGUUCCUCUGCAUCUCCGAGCUCUGCAACCUUUCGUGGAGAUAAGAUGCUAUUUUUAAUUUUUCCUGACAAAAUGCACAAUUUCACGUUUUCCCAUAUUAUACUCUACUCCCAUUUGCCGCAUCUUUACCCACUCACUUAUCCUGUCUGUAAUUCUUUGUAGCUUCUUUGCAUUCUCUCCCCAAACUUGGUAGCUGUACUCUCCGUCCCCUUUCUCCGAGUUGUUUAUAUAAACUGUAAACAGUUGAGGUCCCAGCACCGCCCCCGUGGGGAUUACGUCUCGUUAACCUGAACAAGACCAAUUUGUAUCUACCCUCGGCUCCUAGCCAGCCAAUCUUCUACCCGUGCCAAUGCCAAUGCUACACGCCACCACAACCUUUUAUUGUUGGCAGUGACCUCUGAUGUGACCCCUUGUCAAGUGGUUCACAUGUUGAAUAGAUUUCCAGAUCGGAGCAACCAAAUCACCUCACUCCCGGCAGGUUUUAACAGCCGGGACUUUGGGCUUCAUUUGGAAUGGGCUCAAAUCGGCCAAUCUUCCUUUCCUCAGCUUUGACUCUUCGUGGAGGAGCUCAAGGGCACAAGGCCAUGGUCUGUUUAUAAAGGCUAUUUAGGGUGGGACAGUGGGCUCAGUGGUUAGCACUGCUGCCUCACAGUGCCAGGGAGCUAGGCUCGAUUCCCACCUCGGCUGACUGUGUGGAGUUUGCACGUUCUCCCCGUGUCUGUGUGGGUUUCCUCCGGGUGCUCCAGUCCAAAGGUUGUUAAACUGGUAUUCAGGCCAGCAGGAACCGCUGCGCAAGAUUAACAGCCUCGAGGGACUUGGUCACAGUUAAUGGUUUGAGGGAUCUGGGGCUGUAAGAGGUGGAGGUGGAAGGUGUGGGCUUGUUGAUUUGUGAGAUGGAUUGGCCAUGGUAAAUUUGCCCAUAGUGUUAAGGGAUGUGCAGGCUAGGUGGUUAGCCAUUGGAAAUAGGGGGUUGCAAGGAUAGGGUAGGGGGCUAGGUCUGGGUGGGAUGCUGUUUGGGGGGUCACUGUGGACUUGAAGGGCCGAAUGGCCUACUUCCACACUGUAGGGAUUCUAUUUCCAUAGCCACUCCCAUAUUUGGGGACUGUGCACAGUAUAAAGAACUUGCAAUUCUGUAGCACCGUUCACAGUCUCGAUGUCCCGCGGGGUUCUUUUCCCAGUUGCAGUCACUGUGGUGGGAAGCUGGGCAGCCCAUGUGUGCCCAGCAAACUCCCACAAUCUGCAAGCUGUCGGCUUCAGUGACGCUGGUUGGGUGAAUAUUGCCAGGGCAUCUUGAGAGCUCUUCUGCUUUUCUCUUCUUAAAACGGAAUCCUUUACAUGCACCAGAGAAGGCAGACAAGGCCCUGGUUCAUCGCCGCUGCCAAACGCUAGUCUAUUUGUCUCUGUCAGUAACUGAUCAAUGCCCUAAUAUGGGGGAUCCUGCAGCAAGACACUGCAGUGGAACAAAUCAGCUCCACACAGCAAAUACCUACGGGGAGUGUUGGCCCCUGACGGAGGGGUAUCCAACUGGGAUGAUGCGCUCAAAUCUGCAAUGAGUGAUUGUGAAAGUUCUGCUCCAGUUUGUGGUCGGCAGACAGGAAUUUUUAACAAUGAACUACUUUUACCUCUUUGUACCCCUUCCCUGACUUUUUUUUUAAAAGAAAGAGUCCAGUUCUCAAACUGGAGUGUUUACUCCCUCCCAACUGGACCAGCCUUCCUUGGGAAGGAGUGAGUGCUCUUCGUGGGUGCUGACGCAGUACACAUAGAGUUGGAAGGAAUCUGUGCAGAACCUCCCACAUUGCUGCAGGUGCUGGAGAUCACAGCAGGUCAGGCAGCAUCUGUGGGAGAGCGAGAGAGAGAGUAAGCUCACAUUGCCAGUCUCGAUGACACUUUGUCAGAGGCUGUAGUUGUUGAACAUGACAGAGACAACACUGGAGACCUUACCAGAUGCUGUUGGUACCUUCUUGUCUAAGUUGGCAUUUGAUUUCUCCUCCUCCAGCCUGUUGCUAUGUGAGCUGGUGUCUGGUCUGUUCAGUGCAGAGAAAGGUGAGGUAUCAGCUAAACAAAGCUUUCUCUCCCCCCUGGCUGUCCUUUUUAACCCCCCAUGAGAGCCUGAGCUGGAUAAUGGGUAGAUGAGGACAAUGGGAGCACAUUUAUUUGAUGUAUUCUUUCUUUAUUUGAUGUUUCUGCUUACACAUCCAAUCCAAACAACCUCUAUCUCGUAGUCCACAGAAUUGAGGCCUGGUUUAUGUUAUCAAAUGGACUGAUAACAGGAGUUUUACCGUGUGACAACACUUCUUUUAUUUUAGAGAAAAUUCAACAGCUCCUGCAAUGAGCCACAGACAAAACCUCAAACUUUUAUUAAAUCUGUAGUUACUUGAAUGUUUUUGUUUGUGUGUGUGUGUAUUGUGUGCACUCUUUUUAAAAAAAUCUCCUGCAAUCUUGCUUUGGGAAAGUACAAUGUGAAUUUGAUCUCCAUUUCAAAUAAGUUUCAAUUAGCAAAACUUCUUUACUUAAUGUAUAAGGAAUAUGGGUGCAAGCUACUAUUUCGUUUUGCCUGUAUUCUUGAAAGAUUACUCCUCUGUUUUCAGUGUCUCUUGUAUCUCAGAAUGAAUUGUGGUAUAAUCAAUACAAUAGCCAAAAGUACCAGGUUUUGGAAUAACUCUUCUGCCUAAUCACCAGAUUUUUUUUUGAAAGAAAUUAAAGGCUGAAAUCUCUGUGGAAUUGUACUGUGUUUUGUUCACACCUUGCUGUAUGGUCUCUACACUUGGGCCUUUUUGUAGUGAGGAGCCUGAUGUGCAGUCCCGUGGGUGUUGUAUAAUUGCCAGGAGUGUUCCCCAGAGAUGGUCUCUGCACUACCUCAUCCAGGCAAUCGGUUAUAGCCGGUUAUGGAACUGGGGCUGGGGGCUGAUUGAGGCCCAUCCUGCCAAACGCCAGCUCACUUUGUUCUCUCUCACUUUUGAAUCCCAGUCCACGGAAACAUUGGGGGGGAUGUAAAAUCUCCAAUGCAACCUAGAGUGAAAAUCAGCUAAUUUGGCAUAGGCUGGGGUCAAGUCAGUGAUAUUGGAGGUGACAUAGUUACUCAGUAAAGUCAUUGGGGAAGCUUUGCUCUGACAAGCUUCUGUGUCACCUGCACCAGAGAGUGAGAGACUGGAUAUUACCUUCCAUCUCUUUCAGCUGCCUUUAUAAUGCUAUUAAUGGAGGCUCCAAACUUCAGUUAUAUCUCGAGGAUAGUGCUAGUUACUGGGUUGGAAUGGUCUCGUCAAUCAUAAUGUUGUCUUGCACUUGGCCAGCUUCUAAUCCAUUAUACUGCUUUAUUUUAAAUGUCAUUAACUGGUACCUUUUGAGUACCUGUGAUUCACGUGCCCUUUAUGUAGACAUUAUAAUAAUCGUGUUCUGUUUGAGAGUUGUCUCUGUAUA